ACGAAACGUUGGCGGCGCUGUUGUAUACAAUAAACGGUGAUGGAUUCCGUGGCGUAGAACAGAGUGCAAUUGUAGGGUUGGUAAAAUCCAUCCCCAUCGGCUAGAAAAUUGGAGUUGAGUCCACAGAAGUUUCUCAAUAUCGUCCUUAAUAAACAUACAUCAUGUAUGGUCAAGAUGAAGAGCCGUAUGAAGAGGAUGACUCUGAAGAGGUCACACAAGAUCUUUGGCAGGAGGCCUGCUGGAUUGUCAUCAGCUCCUACUUUGAUGAGAAGGGUCUUGUGCGUCAGCAGCUGGACUCCUUUGAUGAGUUCAUUCAGAUGUCAGUACAGCGCAUCGUGGAGGAUGCCCCUGCAGUCGACCUACAGGCCGAGGCACAGCACACAUCCACCGAGAUGGAGAUACCGACACGUUACUUGGUGAAGUUUGAGCAAAUCUACCUGUCCAAACCUACACAUUGGGAGAAGGAUGGUUCACCGAGUCCAAUGAUGCCCAACGAAGCACGACUCCGUAACCUCAUCUACUCAGCCCCUCUCUAUGUGGACAUCAUGAAGACAGUGAUCCAAGAUGGCGAGGAGACGUCAGAAACUCAGCAUCUCAAGACGUUCAUUGGCAAGAUUCCCAUCAUGCUUCGCUCCACGUACUGCCUGCUCAGCGGCCUCACGGAUCGUGACUUGACAGAGUUGAAUGAAUGCCCUCUCGAUCCUGGUGGCUACUUCAUCAUCAACGGUUCAGAGAAGGUGCUGAUAGCGCAGGAGAAGAUGGCCACUAACUCGGUCUAUGUCUUCUGCAAGAAAGACUCCAAGUAUGCCUUCACUGCUGAGUGCCGAUCCUGCUUAGAGAACUCAUCCCGUCCUACAAGUACCAUAUGGGUCCAUCUCAUGGCCAAAGGAGGACAGGGCUCUAGGAAGAGUGCCAUUGGCCAGCGCAUUGCAUCCAUCUUGCCCUACAUACGCCUGGAGAUUCCCAUCAUGAUUGUCUUCAGAGCCCUGGGCUUUGUCGCAGACAGAGACAUCCUAGAACACAUCGUCUACGACUUUGACGAUCCUGAGAUGAUGGAAAUGGUGAAACCAUCGCUGGAUGAGGCCUUUGUCAUCCAGGAGCAGAGUGUCGCGUUGAACUUCAUCGGUGCUCGUGGAGCUAAGCCGGGUGUCACCAAGGAGAGACGAAUCAAAUACGCCCGGGAGAUCCUACAGAAAGAGAUGCUGCCUCAUGUGGGCGUCAGUGAUUUCUGCGAAACCAAGAAGGCUUACUUCCUUGGAUACUGCGUACACAGACUACUCCUUGCUGCAUUGGGUCGGAGGGAAGUGGAUGAUCGUGAUCACUAUGGCAACAAACGGCUGGAUUUAGCUGGUCCCCUGCUGGCCUUCCUCUUCAGAAACCUCUUCAAAAAUCUGCUGAAGGAGGUCCGGAUGUACGCCCAGAAGUUCAUUGAUAAGGGCAAGGAUUUCAGUAUGGAGUUGGCUAUCAAGACGAGGAUCAUCUCUGAUGGGCUGAAGUACUCACUAGCCACUGGAAACUGGGGCGAUCAGAAGAAAGCACAUGCUGCCAGGGCAGGUGUCUCACAGGUGUUGAACAGACUGACGUUUGUGUCGACGCUCUCUCAUCUUCGUAGACUCAACUCCCCCGUCGGCAGAGACGGCAAGCUGGCCAGACCACGUCAGCUUCACAACACACUCUGGGGCAUGAUUUGCCCGGCCGAAACACCAGAGGGUCAUGCUGUGGGUCUUGUUAAGAACCUUGCCCUGAUGGCCUACAUCUCAGUCGGCUCCAUGCCCAGCCCUAUCCUGGAGUUUCUGGAGGAGUGGAGCAUGGAGAACUUGGAGGAAAUUGCCCCCUCAGCCAUCAAUGAGGCCACCAAGAUCUUCGUCAAUGGCUGCUGGGUGGGCAUCCACCGCGAGCCCGAGCAGCUCAUGAAUACCCUGCGCAAGCUGCGUCGACAGAUGGACAUCAUCGUCUCUGAGGUAUCCAUGGUGCGUGACAUCCGGGAGAGAGAGAUUCGCAUCUACACCGAUGCCGGUCGCAUCUGUCGACCGUUGCUCAUCGUGGAGAACCAGAAACUCCUACUGAAGAAGAAACACAUUGAAAUGCUGAAGGAAAGGGAGUACAAUAACUACAGCUGGCAGGACCUUGUGGCCAGCGGUGUUGUAGAGUAUAUCGACACCAAUGAGGAAGAGACCAUCAUGCUGGCCAUGACCCCGGAUGACCUACAUGAGAAGGUUGUCAUGUAUUGCUCCACCUACACACACUGUGAGAUCCAUCCAUCAAUGAUUCUUGGUGUGUGCGCGUCCAUCAUUCCUUUCCCUGAUCACAACCAGUCUCCGCGUAACACCUACCAGUCCGCUAUGGGUAAGCAGGCCAUGGGAGUCUACAUCACCAACUACCACGUCCGCAUGGACACCCUAGCCCACGUGUUGUACUACCCGCAGAAACCACUGACCACCACACGGUCCAUGGAGUACCUGAGAUUCAGAGAGCUGCCGGCUGGUAUUAACUCCAUCGUGGCUAUUGCUUCAUACACUGGCUACAACCAGGAAGACUCGGUCAUCCUGAAUUCUGCAGCUGUGGAUAGAGGAUUUUUUAGGUCAGUGUUCUACCGUUCCUACAAAGACUCCGAGUCUAAGAAGAUGGAUCAGGAAGAGUAUUUUGAAAAGCCUACCCGAGAAACUUGUAGAGGGAUGCGGCCAGCCGUCUAUGACAAGCUGGAGGAGGAUGGUAUCAUUCCCCCAGGCACUCGUGUCUCUGGAGACGACGUCCUCAUUGGCAAGACCAUCACUGAGCCAGAGGAUGAUGAUGAGCUGGAGGGUACCAGUAAACGGUAUACCAAGCGAGACUGCAGUACGUUCAUGCGACGCACGGAGACCGGGAUCAUUGAUCAAGUCAUGGUCAGCAUCAACCAGGAAGGCUACAAGUUCUGCAAGAUCAAGGUUCGAUCAGUGCGUACUCCUCAAAUCGGAGAUAAGUUUGCCAGUCGGCACGGGCAGAAGGGUACCUGCGGCAUGAAAUACAGACCAGAGGACAUGCCGUUCACCUGUGAAGGUAUCACCCCAGACAUCAUCAUCAACCCCCACGCCAUCCCUAGCCGUAUGACCGUUGGUCACUUGAUUGAGUGCCUCCAGGGCAAAGUAUCGGCCAACAAGGGAGAGAUCGGUGAUGCCACACCGUUCAACGACUCGGUCAACGUGCAGAAGAUAUCGGACCUGCUGCAUGAGUAUGGGUACCAUCAGAGAGGCAAUGAGGUGCUUCAUUGCGGUUUUACUGGCCGCAAGAUUGGCGUGCAAGUCUUCCUUGGUCCGACCUACUACCAGCGUCUGAAGCACAUGGUGGAUGAUAAGAUCCACUCUAGAGCACGAGGGCCCGUGCAGAUCCUGAACAGACAGCCUAUGGAGGGCAGAUCACGUGAUGGCGGUCUACGUUUCGGUGAAAUGGAACGCGAUUGUCAGAUUUCUCAUGGCUCGGCCCAGUUCUUGAGGGAGCGACUGUUUGAGGUAUCGGACCCCUACCGAGUCCAUGUCUGUAACCUGUGCGGACUCAUGGCCAUCGCCAACCUGAGGAACAACACAUUUGAGUGCCGGGGCUGCAAGAAUAAAACACAGAUUUCCCAGAUCCGUCUGCCCUAUGCCUGCAAGCUGCUCUUCCAAGAGUUGAUGGCCAUGAGCAUUGCGCCACGGAUGAUGGUCCUGCCAGAGGGAAAAACAUAAAGGAAAACAAGUCCCCCCCCAGAGAUGGAAUCCUACAGGGACAAUAGCAUUGGAAGUUCAUGUUGCCAGUUAUGUUCAUCCCUAAAAGAUGCCCUGUUUAAAGGGAUGAUGGUACCCUUAGAAAAGGUCUCUCAGAGCAUGAAAUCAUAAUUAUUUAUACAGAAUCUCAAUGAAAAGACUCAGAUUUGUUCGUCCUUACCCUCCAGGCAUGUACUUUUCUUCAAAGUGGAACAGGGAAAAGCAUCUGAAAAUAUCUCUCUCGGAAGAUGGAAUCCUGAUUGAAAAGUACUGUAGUGGAAUUCUGUUCCCAGUUUUGCUCAUUCUAAUUGAUAAGGCACACAAAGCAAGAAAAUAUUGUUGUAUGGAAGUGUCUUAGGGACCGUGACCAUUCAGCCCUGGUAUUAAGAGGGCCCCCCGGCACCCCGUCCGGUCUUCAGCCCAGUCUCGUCCGGUACAUGGUCCUGUCUGACCAGAAGUUUUGAAGUCAGUCAGGCGCAUUAAUUUAUUGCCCUUCAGAGAACGUCCAGAGCAGAACAAUAGCAGACUUACCGGAUUAAAGAUAAAAUCCUUCCAUAAUGACUUGGUAAUUUACGGUCCCAUUGUGCACGAAACCACAUGGCAGGGGUUUUGAUCUGUGCUGACGAAAGUUUUCUAUUGUUUCGCGCAGAGAGAUGAAAACCACAAGCGGGUUUCUUCUGGGAUAUAUUACAUGUGUCAAUACUUGCAAACAAUAGACCCCAGGAUAGAGGAGUUCCUGAUUAGCAACAGGACUAGCUCCUGGGCCGGUACAAGAGGACUUCUUGGGACGGGACGAGCUAAACCGGGGGGCCCUUUUCAUACCGGGGCUGAAUGGUCACGGGCCCUUAUAGAAGAUAUGAUCGUUAAUGGAAAAGUAAUGUUAUAAUUUAGUUUUCCAACUGUGAUUAUCCCGAUUAAAUGGGCAUAUAGCUUUUCCUUCAGUCAGCUGAUGACUAAUCACUGUCAGUGACAUAGGAAACUGUGAAAGGGAAGGAUAAUAAUGAGCAGCUUAGAUGGAAAGUGUUGGUCAUAUGGAAACCUUGAAAAAGCUGUGACUUAAUUCUUUGUGUAUGGGAGGCCCGUGCAUGGGCUCAAAAUACACCUGCUUGAGCUGACAAACUGGAAAACAAGCUUGAACUUUGCGUAGACGUUGUUCUUCAUGCUAUCGUUCGGCAAUUGAACCUGUUCUUAACGAGUUUAAAAUUAGCUUGAUAGCAAUACCGUGAGAAAAUCCUGGAUGUGUUUUGAUAUAGAAAUUCUCCAAGAUGGACAACAGUUGGCAUUUAUGCUACAAGGUUUAUACGUGUAUUUGGUGCUCAAUGGAAACGCAUCAGCAUGGAAUUCACAUGGAAACAAGUGAACACAGAGUUGACCAAACCAAUUAUUGAAAGUAUUUAUUUCAUUAGUUUUUAUGAAAACAAUUCACAUCAAAUUUUCAUUGCGCAAACAGUGUAUUGCAAUGCCAAAUACAUAUUUCAACUUCAAUGCUAAUAGAACAAAUUCAUUGUUAAUUUUAAGAAUUAGAAGAAAAUCUAUAAGGCACCUACAGUGACGCACAUUUACAAUGUAAUACAAAGGUUCUAUGGACGGAUGACAAGGAUGAAUACAAAAUUGCAUCUAGCUGAGGAAGAUUAAACAUGUGCAUAGUGUACAGGGCGGGUCAUGUAAAUCAUUUCAUGAAAUGCUGUUGAAAUGACUAAUUGUUAGCUCAAGACUACCAAAUUUGCACAACGUCAUAUCCAAAACUGUUUUGACUAAAUAUUUUUGGUGCAUCCUGAGCUACAAAGUAACACAUUUUUUUAGUUCGACCUUUGAAAUGGCAUAAAGAGCAGAUAGUACAUGCCAAUACAAUUCACUGUCACUUGACUGUUGCAGAUGUACCAAAUGACUCCAGAGUGUUAAGAUGUUGUUCUAGUAAAUAGGCAUUAAUUCAUAGAUUAUGCCUGUCUGAAACCAAGUAAAUUUGGGUCGAGACGGUGUAACGUUGCUCAAGUACCUUGUCCAAACAAAAUGUGUGCUGCAAGUCCAAGUGCGUGUAUUAUCAGGCAUUUUAGAGAAAAAUUCCAAAGUCACAAGACUUUGUACAGUGUUUAUCAAUUUCUAAUGGCAUUUAUGAGAAGAAAAAAACGAGGCAUGCCUGUAUUAAGCAUUUAAAAUUGAUUGUGCUGGGUCAUUUUUGUAGGAUCCAUUUUUUUUGUUUAAAAGUUUAAACAACUUUCCCACUUUCCAUCAUGGACACUGUAUAUAAAACUAAAAGUACAUGUAAAUAUUAUGUUUCCGAACAAGUUUUUUGAAUAAACUGUCAGCUAAACUGCUGGUGAAAAUAA